AUGGGUGUCGAUGUGGCUGUGGUGGCUGCAAUGCUGCAGUAUGCGCAGCCACGGCGCCUGAGGGUGGAUGCGGGGGCGGAUGACCUGAGGGGGGCGCCGUGGGGUGACCUCGUCGAGGUGGCAGGACUCAUGGGGACCUAUGGACGGCCGGAGGUCGUCCUUGACCUGCGAUCCUUCAACACGACUGAGGAUUACAAUCAUCACGACGACAUCCUCCUGCCGCUGCACGACAGCGGGGUGAGGCUGGGGGAGUUCGUGGGCUGCGUGGGCACCGGCGCUGGGGUGGCCGCCCUCAGCACCGUGGCUCGCGACGCUGACCUCCGCAUCCACAUGGCGGCGCCCCUGGAGCUUAGCGCCCUCGAGGGCAAAUACAGAAGCCUUUGGGUGCACACGCGCCCCUUCCCGCCCCCCUUACCUGCCCCGCCCCCCUCCCCCACUUGGCCUCUGCCCUCGUGGCCCAAGCCGUUGCUGUCUGUAGAGGGCGCGGAUGAGGGGUCCUGGGAGGCGGUGGCCCACACCAUCACUUCCCUCGCCCCUCUUGGCCAAAGGACCGAAGGAACGUCUACAGCUGACCUGCGGCUGCUGCUGCAGGAUCUACAGGCUGCGGGCGUCAGGUCGGCCUGGGAGGGCGACACGCGGGCCGAGGGUAGACGUCUGCUGGAAGACAGCGAUGGCUCUCUCGAUUUCUUGAUCGAUUCCUCGUCCGAUGGCUCCUGGUACGAUGCCUCGUCCGAUGCAUGA